AUGGCUGAAUUAUUGCAAAAAGCAAAUGGCUCACUCACAUCCAUUAAAGUGAUGGCUACUGUCGCUCGUGCUAAAACAUUAACGGUUUUGCGUCAACUAGACGCACAGCGUAAUACUCACAUUCUUCGAUUCCUCUAUGAAGCCGAACAACUAACUGAAACAUAUGAACAUCGUUCAUUGGAUCUCUCAAAAGUGAAACUUGAUGAUAUUGAUUUUCGUGAUUUAGCAAUAAAUGGAAAAAGACUGGAUCAAUUAUCAUUGACCAAUAUGUUUCUGUCGAAUGCUGUAUUUACAGGCAUUGAAAUGAAGCAUAUCAAUUUGACAAAUACUCAGUUUGAAGCGGUUAAUUUCUCACGCGGAAUACUUCGAGAUGUCCAUUUUUCGUCAGCCACCUUCGAUAACACUAACUUUUCAUCUUCUCAACUCGACACUAUUAAUUUUUCAUCGACUAAACUCAACAAUAUCAACUUUUCAUUCGCUUCGUUGUACAAAGUCGAAUUCUGUCAGGCUCGACUCCAGUAUGCGACUUUUUCAUUCACUAUGCUUCUCAAUGUUGCAUUUGUAUCAACCCAACUCGAAAAUAUCAAUUUCUCAUUUGCCUCGCUCACUAAUGUUGAUUUUUCAUCGGCUUCGCUUCGAAAUAUCAAUUUUUUACACGCCACAUUAGUCAAUGUCAGAGUUGGGGGCAUCACCAUGCGUGAUACUGAUUUCUCUUCUGCUGAAUUGAGAUAUGUUGGCUUCGUCGAGGCUAAAUUGAAUAAUGCCGAUUUUUCAUCCUCUAUUCUAAGUAUUCCACAUUGUAUCUUUACUCUUUUUUUCUCAUAGAAUCUAUUUUUUGAAUGCCAUUUAGUUUCAACCACGUUUGAUGCGGCCAAAGCGCCUGCAACAAAUUUUCGACAAGCGACGUGUGUUGCAGUUCGCUUCUUUUUUGCUUAUUUAGUCGGGUCCAAUUUUUCAGAAUCAAAUAUUAAGCACACUUUAUUCGAAAAAGCUAACCUGACCAG